CCUCUGCACGCGGGUCACCCGUAUAAAACUCCCUAUUUGCCAUCUUCUACUUUCCUCUUUAUUCCAUUUUCUCUCUUGAUUAAUUUUUUUUUUUUUUAGGGGUUCUUUGGAUUAGGGUUCAGUUUUUGUAAACCUUUAAUUUGAUCCUUCAAGAGCCCCGAAAUCCGCCAUGGAAGGAGAAUUCCAAGACUGGGAGUUGCUUCACAAUUCGGAUACUGCCCCGGUUCCCUCGCCGGUGUCAGACCGAAUCUCGGGGAAUUUGGAGGAAAUCGAAGGUGAGACGUUGGGCGUGUUCAGGUCUGAUUACUUCUCUCUUGACAAUCAGAGUAGGUAUUUGAAGUCUGAUGAUGUGACUGAGGAGGGUUCGGUUGAGUCGGAUAAUCCGAGUUGGAUCGACCCCGGGACAGAGACUCGGUAUGCGAGGAAGCACUCGGGGGAGUUUUGGUCUGAUUCGGGUAGCGAUCGCUCCGAUGAGCGUAAACUUGGUGAUUUUUAUGUGAAAAAUGAACUGAGUUUUGUGGAUAACGCGGAAACCAAAGUGGAACUUGAAGGAGAUGGACAAGUGGUUGCGGAGAGUGAGAAUUCAGCGAAAUUCGCUUGUGAAGAGCUUGAAAUCAGCGAUUUCCAUGCGAAAAAUUGUGAGAAUCUCUCAGAAACCGAGAAAAAUCCAGUGAAUUUUGAAAAUUUUGGAGAAAUUCAAGUUGAGGAUAAGGAUAUGAGCGAGCACUGGUCUGAUUCCGGUGGAGUUGGUUUGGCGUCGGCAGAAUUUGUGAACGUCGAGAAGGAAGAAGGAAUGAAUUUCGGUGGACAUUUGAAGAAGGCCGAAGAAUUGGCGGUAUUGCCCGAACUUGACGAUGGAAGUGGCUCCAAAGAGGAGACUCAGGAGAUGGAAGGCGGAGAAGGAACUUUAAUCGGACACGGGACUGUUACAAUCGGGUCUGGUGUGCAGUCAGGUGGCGAGGAAGAGAAGAGGAAUGCUGUAGCAUGGUGGAAAGUUCCUUUUGAGAUACUGAAAUACUGUGUCUUCAAGGUUAGUCCGGUUUGGUCUUUGUCUGUAGCAGCAGCUGUUAUGGGAUUCGUUAUCUUGGGACGCAGACUGUACAAGAUGAAGAGGAAGACCCGCAGCUUGCAGCUGAAUGUCACUAUGGAUGACAAGAAGGUGUCGCAGUUUAUGAGUCGCGCUGUGCGUCUUAAUGAAGCAUUUUCAGUGGUGAGACGGGUCCCAAUCAUUCGACCUGCUCUACCCGCAGCUGGGGUGAACACAUGGCCAGUGAUGAGUUUAAGAUGAGAAUAAUUAUUGCCCAACAGAUGUUAAAUAGUGUAUCUUCAAAGUAAUAUAUAAGGUUUUAUGUUUGACUUGUUUGUAAUGUAUGGAUUUGGAUGUUUCUGGUUGUGUAUGAAUAAACUCUGAAAUCGUUGGAUUGUGUAUAAAUUCAUUUUAGUGUAUCGCUCCUCUCCCUAUUGACAAA